AUGGCUGCCCAAGACAAACGCGGCAGCACCCUUUUCGUGGGCGAGGACCCCUCCGUGAGCGCGCCUCUCAAGAUCCACGAGAAGCCCAUCGAGGAUGUCAUCGCCGAGUUCCAGACGAACGCUGAGACCGGUCUCUCCGCCGCCGAGGCGGCGAAGAGGCUCGAGGAGGACGGCCCGAACGAGCUCGAGAAGCCCCCGCGCGUCUCCCUCCUCGUCCUGUUCCUCAUUCAGCUCAAUUCCGUGAUCAUGUACCUGCUCAUGGCCGCGGUCGUGGCGUCCGCCGCGAUCAAGGCCACCGGCGACGACAAGGACAAGUUCCUCUCCUACGUCGACUCCAUCGCCAUCUCCAUCAUCAUCCUGAUCAACGCCACCAUCGCGGCGGUCACCGAGAACAGCGCCAACGACGCGCUCGAGGCUCUCUCCUCCCUCCAGUCCCCCAUGUGCACCGUCAUUCGCGGCGGCGAGGAGGUUUCCAUCGAGUCCAAGAACAUGGUGCGCGGUGACAUCGUCAAGCUCGGCACCGGUGACGUCGUCCCGGCCGACUGCCGCUGCAUCAAGGCCAACGACUUCCGCGUCAACGAGAUGCUUCUCACCGGAGAGCCCGAGGAUGUGGCCAAGAACACCAAGAUCAAGGCGCGCGUCCCCGGCCAGCCGGAGAAGCUCACCGCCGACAACAUGGCCUUCUCCUCCUGCAACGUCAAGGCCGGUACCUGCAUCGGCCUCGUCGUCGCCACCGGUAUGCGCACCCGCGCGAAGAAGGAGGGCUGCCUCCCUGACACCAAGGCGGGCCAGACACCGCUCCAGGCCAACCUCGAGGCCCUCUCCAUCAAGCUCGGUUACAUGGCCAUCGCGGUGUGCCUCGGCGUGUUCAUCGUCGGCGCCUCCAUGGGUACCAAGGAUCCCGAGGACCCGGAUGUUCCCUCCUGGCUCUUCAUGAUCAUGGUCGCCGUGACGCUCACCGUCGCCGCCAUUCCCGAGGGUCUGCCCCUGUGCGUCACCAUCGCGCUCUCAUCCGGCUGCGCCAACAUGGUCAAGGAGAACGUGCUGAUGCGCAAGAUCGCGGCGGUCGAGACCCUCGGGUCCGCCUCCAUCAUCUGCACCGACAAGACCGGCACCCUCACCGAGGGUAAGAUGACCCUCGUCGCCAUGUACGCGGGCAAGGUUGACUACACCGUCACCGGCAAGGGUUUCGACCCCACCGUGGGCAAGAUCACCACCACCAAGGGCGAUGAGCCCGCGAACGACGCCGGCGGCGUGCGCGCCACCCUCGGCUCCGCCGUUCUCUGCUCCAACACCACCCUCAAGCUCGAGACCGACCCCGACUCUGGCCUCGCCAAGUGGACCCCCCGCGGUAACUCCUCCGAGGCUCCCCUCGUCGUCGCGGGCCACAAGUGCGGCAUCAAGCUCGAGGACCUCGAGGCGAGCCUCACCCGCGUGUACGAGAUUCCCUUCUCCUCCUCCCGCAAGAUGAUGGUCACCAUCACCAAGACGACCGGCGCUACCUCCCUCAGCCACGUCGCCGCGUCGGGUGAGCACACCGCGCACGUGAAGGGCGCCCCCAACUACAUCAUGGAGAAGUGCACGUCUUACAUGGCCGCCGACGGAUCCAUCGUCGACUUCGACGAGGCUGCCAAGGCUGAGUUCACCGCCAAGGUUGACGAGCUGUCCUCCCAGGCGCUCCGCGUGCUCGCCAUCGCUACCAAGGAUCUCGGUGCCAAGCUCCCCUACGGCGAGGAGGAGGAGACCGAUGCCAAGUUUGACAAGAUCGUCAACGGCCUCACCCUCUGCGGUCUUUGCGCGUCCAUCGACCCCGAGCGUGACGGCGUGAAGGAUUCCGUCCUUCAGUCCCGCCAGGCUGGCGUCCGCGUCGUGAUGAUCACCGGUGACUACCUCAAGACAGCCAUUGCCAUCGCCAAGAACAUCAACAUCCUCAACCGCCACACCUUCACCGAGGGCAACGGCGAGGCCACCGACUGUGGAGCUCUCCGUCCCCACAAGGAGGGUGAGUACCUCUCCAACCCCGAGAUUGACGCACUCACCAAGACCACCUCCGUCUUUGCCCGCGCCAAGCCUGAGGAUAAGCUUGAGAUUGUGAAGUCUCUCCAGCGCCAGGGUUUCGUCUGCGCGAUGACCGGCGACGGCGUCAACGACGCUCCCGCGCUCAACCGCGCCGACAUCGGUGUCGCCAUGGGUCUCGAAGGUACCGAGGUCGCCAAGGGUGCCUCCGAUAUGAUCCUCACCGAUGACAACUUCUGCUCCAUCGUCAAGGCGAUCGAGAAGGGCCGCACCAUCUACGCGGGUAUCCAGAAGUUCGUGUCCUUCAUCAUGUCCGUGCACUUUGCGGAGGUGCUCCAGAUUUUCCUGUGCAUCGUCUCCUCCAUCCCCGUGAUGAGGCAGCCGCUCCAGAUUCUUUUCCUCAUCUUGGUCACCGAUCUUCCGCCUUCAAUCGCGCUCGGCUUCGAGCCCGGUGAGGCGCUCACCAUGAAGCGCGCGCCCCGGCCCAAGACCCAGCCCAUCGUCAUGAACUGGAUGUGGCGCGGUAUCGUCGCCAACGGUCUCAUCCUCACCGUGUGCAUCUUCUACACCUACAUGAUCGCGCUCUGGGCGUACGCCGGUGCCUUCACCUCCGACGAAAUCACCGAUCCCACCCGCACGUCGUGCGCCAUCUGGGAGAAGGAGAAGAUGACCCCCACCCUCAAGAUUGAUUGCGGCCUCUGGACUGGAUGCAACACCUCCGCGGCAGCCGGCGACGCGCUCUACAACGCCGCGUGCACGACCGACUACCUCAACCAGUGGUCCUCCGUCAUCGGCACGAGCGUCGCCGAGACGGCUGAGGCUAAUGCCGCCGCUGCGAUCACCGGCGCCAACGGUGCUUUCUACACGCCCCACGGCAACCCCGACUGCGCCGUCUGCAUCGAGGAAUCCAUCCGCCGCGCGCGCACCGCCACUUUCAUCUCCCUCGUGUGGGCCGAGGGUGUCCGCGCCUACUGCAGCCGCUCCUUCGAGAACCCCAUCUGGGUCAACAUGUUCUCCAACAUGAGCAUGAACAAGGCUGUGUUGCUGGCGCAGGUCACCCUGAUCAUCGCCCUCUACCUUCCCGGCCUCAACCACGUCCUCGGCCUCUACGUCGACGAGAUUCACGGCUGGGGCUGGUUCAUCGCCUUCCAGGGCGCCGUCGCCUGCGGUGUCGGCUGCGAGCUCUACAAGUACAUCGCCAAGCAGUUUAUCGUGGAGGCAGAGCUCGCCGGAUACGAGGAGGAUGAGGAUGGUAAUGUCAAGGGCUCUGUCAAGACGGACGAGGUUGCCAUCACCGUCGACAAGUAAAGACUCGGCAACGGGUUUGGGGAGAGUGUUCGCCUGAAGAGAGGGCGACGCUCUCGUAGAGAGAGUUGAUAACCUAGAUAAAGGGGACUCGGACCCUCAUGACGUAAUUCUUUCUAAGUGCUAUGCAAAAGUAAUGCAUCGUUCC